GAAUUCUAUUCACGAGGCAACAAUUUGAUGGAAGCGACAACGUCGUCAUCAACACAAAACUUUGAUGCAUCUCCUCCAUCUGCACCGGCACAGAUACCCUCACGAGCACUUUGGCUGGGCAAUAUCAAUCCAUCCGUGAGUGUGCCGGACCUGGUCAAGUUCUUUUCCGACUACGGCCGCGUAGAAAGCGCUCGCAUCUUGUCAGACAAGGAGUGCGCGUUUGUGAACUUUACCGAGGUGGACUCGGCCAUUGAUGCCAAGACCGAUCUUGAGGGCCGUCUGGGCAGCACAUUGGCGGGCACACCUGUUCGUGUGGGCUAUGGUAAGGCUGAUGUGAACGUCGCGAUGGCAUUGACCAGUGAGGCUGGUCCAAACGCACAAGGUCCCACGCGUGCACUAUGUAAGUUUGUCACCAUUUGGCUCCUGUUGCCAUUAUUGCCUAGUAAACCUGGGAGAGAUGACUCAGCUAUUGUCGUUGUUGUUAUUUUAGGGGUCGGUAAUAUCCCGGCAAAUAUGAAUCCGGCCAUUCUCCGCACCAUCUUCCAACCAUUUGGCUCCAUCGACUCGGUCCGUGUCCUGUCUCACAAGAACUGUGGAUUUGUUAACUUUGAGCAUCAAGAAGAUGCUGUGCGUGCGCGCAAGUCGCUGCAAAACAAGGAGAUUUUGGGGCCUGGUACUGGUAUGGUGCGCAUCGGGUUUGCCAAGGCACCGUCGGCGAAUGAGGAAAAUGACGACAUGGACAUGUCAUCGUCGACCCAACAACAGCAAAACAACCAGCAACAGCAGCAACAGCAACAGCAAAGCCAACAGCAGCAACAACAAAACAAGCGGGCGCUGUCGCUGGAAAGCUACCAAGCAACACAGUGGGCCACAGCCAUGAUGAUGACGCGUAUGAUUAUGAAUGCCUCGGGCGAGCAGCAAACCACACAGCCUGAUUUGCACACUGCCAUCAUCGCUGAACGCAAGUUUAUCAUGCAGCAGCUAGGCUGUGAGUCCCCCGAGGAGACGCAAGGGGACCAUCUACCAUUGAGCUAUAGCUCAGUUAUACCGGGAGUCCCAGAGAUGGCUGGCUCCGAGCGCAAGUUGGACCCCCUACGCCUGCGUGAGAUGCGCAAGCGUCUAGAUGUGGGCCCAGUGUCAGUAGAAGAAGCCGAAGCCUUUGCGACAGAAUGCAAGGAUGAGAUUGUCGAGCUGUGCAGCGAUUACAUUGGUAAUACUGUGGUCCAGAGAAUAUUCGAGAAUUGCAGCGACCAAACAAAGCAAACCUUACUGGAACGCAUUGCCCCUCAUCUGGCUUCGAUCGGUGUCCACAAGAAUGGUACCUGGGCCGCACAAAAGAUCAUUGACCAUGCCACCACGCCCUCGCAGAUCCAAUUGAUUCGCGAAAACCUGACUUCCUAUGUACCGCUGCUGCUGCUGGACCAGUUUGGCAACUACGUCGUCCAGUGCUGUCUAAACAUGGGGUCCGCCCACAAUCGCUUCAUUUUCGAUGCCAUCGUCGAGAAGUGCUGGGAGAUUGGCCAGGGCCGGUUUGGAGCACGUGCCGUUCGCGCCAUUCUUGAAAACCCGUCCGUGACCAAGGAGCAGCAGAUGUACGUGGCUGCAGCAAUUGUCCAGAAUGCCGUGCUGCUGGCGACCGAUGCCAAUGGGACUCUUCUUUUGAUCUGGUAUCUAGACGCCGCUGACUUGCAGGGCCGGUUCCGUGUCCUGUGUCCCCGCCUGCUCCCAUACCUCGGCAAACUGUGCACACACAAGCUGGGAUCCAUGAUUGCGCUCAAGAUCAUUCACCAGCAGCAAGAGUCCGAUGCACGCAAUCUCUUGCUGAAGGCCAUUUUCAAUGACGGUAAUGUUCUGGACGAUGUGCUUCGAGACCAGGUCCACGGUGUCACGCUCGUGCAAAAGAUCUUGGGUAUGGCCGAUCUUGAGAAACGCGACCACUACGCACAGCAAGUGAAGGAUGCACUGACGCGCCGCUUGAAGGUUCAGCAUGUCCAGAGCUACAAAAAGCUGUUUGACCAACUGGACGAGAUGGACCCGUGCACAGAAACAGCGAUUUCGUCACCGGCAGUAACGACAGGCUUGGAUCCAGUGGUGGCAAAUGACAGUGGCAACAGCAAUGACAGUGCAAGCUGGAUGCAAAACCCACAGACGGUUGCAAUGAUGGCAAACAUGUACGCUGCUGCCAUGACUGCGGCCACGACGUUGCAACAACAAGAACAGCCUCCCAAAGUCAACACGGUCGACCUUGCUCAAUUCGACAGCUUGCUCAAGACGUUGCUUAAGCAGCAAGAAAAGCAACAAGGAGAGGGGAGUCCACAAGGAGAGCAAGUGCAGGAAUCGCUUGAGUCGCAGAACGAAAAAGAGGUUUAAAUGUUACAGUAUAUAGAAAAAUUUGGUUUUUUUAAUGGUUUUUUUUUCACGCUUUAUUUCCAAACACACAUUUCACACUCACCCACUCACUCACGCUCACUCAAUCACAGUAUAUACACCCACAUACACACAACCGUCCAUAGCGCAUCUUUUGUAAAUAAUUAAUCUCUUUUUUAAGAAAGAAAAAGGCACAUUAAAAACAUUGUUCAUGU